UCAUCAUGAUGUGGCUGAGAUAAUACUCGGAAGUCCAGAAGCAAACCAUGAGGAAUCAAACAUGACGGACGGAGAAACUUCUGAUAAGUCAAAACAUGAUGAAGAGUGAUAGUGGUGAUUCAUCCUUAUCAGAGACAGAAGAAGAGAUAGGGGAUAUUAGUGAGAAUGAAACUGUAACAUCCCGAGUUGUGAUAUGUGAAAAGGCUUAAGAGAAUUGAUUUGGCUACCUAUGUCACCAAAGUUGACUUACCUUUUCCGGAACACAUCCUGAAAGAACUCCAGAGUUAAGCGUGCUUGAGCUGGAGUAGUGGAAGGAUGGGUGACCUAUCGGGAAGUGAUUUGCGAUAGCGUGCGAGUGAGGCCAAAGCACGGGGAAAGGUCGGGUGGUGAUUGCAGGGUUAGUAAAUAAUGAUUUCGAGCCUUGGAAAAUUAACGACCGACCGUCAGAUGGGAUGGGGCCCACGGGCCGAGAGAGCGGGCGUGGGUGGCCCAUUAGCCGUGGGCGGUCGGGGCGUUACAGAAACAAUGAUGGUGAAAGGUGAUCUUCAUGAUGAAGAAGUAGGUACUUCUUCCCAGCCUUCUUUUGGAGGAUUAGAAAUCCAUGUUCCAAGAGGGGUGGAUGAGGAUUAUAACAACGAUGUAGCGCCUGCUUUCAUUACUGCACGCGCCUCGCUGGAGGACUUAGCAAGUCAUGAUCUUUCUGGUUUGGUGGAGGACCACCACGUAGAACUUGUUUACGAUAUGAGUCCUCGUUCUGGCAGUAGGUUCCCAUCCUUUUCUUCCGUGUCGUCUGAUUACAAACCAGACCUACCUGGAAAGAGUGCGGAAGAAGUACAUGAAAAUGCAGACAAUGGAGGUGAAACUUAUUCUGAGAGCAUAGGUCCUGCGGAAAUUCAUUCCACUUCUGAUGAGAUUGAGAGAAGUACAAGGGAAGUAGGAGAGAGUAGCUCACUUGUUGAAGGAGAGGUUGGAAUUGAUGGUCAAAAGAAUUCAACUGUUUCCGGGUCUGAAUCUGAGGAAGUAGUAUCUACAGGGAUGCUUGAACAACAUCUCCCAGUUGCGCCUACAAAUUCACCUUUGGGAUAUGGCGACACGAGGGAGCAUGUGACAACACUGGAAGAAUCACCUGAUGUGGUACAUGACAUAGCUGAAACUUCAGUUAACAGAUCAGUAGCUGAAGGGAUAAUGCACGAGGAAGAGGAUAAACAAAAGGACAAAACAAAUCCUCAAACAUUCAAUGCAGACAUCCCAAUAGACAGUUACUCCACUCUAUCUUCUGGAGCAGUUGAGUACGCUGAGACGCAUUCAUUUAAUGAUGAAGAUGUUUCGCAGUCGGAACAAGAUGCAGUUCAGUCAUCAGUUUCCAAUCAAACUAUGGAUAUUGAAGUAGACUCUGUGAAUGCUAGUAUCCAAAAUGUGGGAUCCGGAGAAACGACUCCUUAUGAAUCAGAUAGAGAACUGACCUGGUCUGAUAAAUCUGUGGUAGAAAAAUCAUCAUCACCUGAACAUGGUGAAGAUCAAGCACCAGCUCGUGCAGCUCCUGUUAGUGUGGUCUUUUCCUGGAACAUCACUUUCCACGAGUAUCAUGAUGCUCCUAAGGAUACAGCCGAUUUAUCUUGUUUGACAUCCGACACAUCCUCAUCUCCAGCAGAGUCUCCCGAGUACACAACACCUAUGGUUGGUGAAGGCUCAAGGGCGGAGUUCUUCCAAGAGACUGUUUACGACGAGCUUGACCAUGUGGUCGAGCGAUUAGAUCAGCUUACGGAUUUACAUGCAAUACCUCAAACUCCUCCUGAAGUAAUCACUGAAGAGGCAGACGAGAUCAAAGAGAUUGACGAAGGAUUGUUGUCUGAACUCGACACGAUUGGGGACUUUAGUGUUAAGGAAGUUGUGACAGAUUCUGAACCUGGGCCAUCUUCGAUAGGAUCAGACACUGCCAACGAACUGACGGAAGCUCUACCUGUUCUGGAAGCAAGAUCGGUUGAAGACAUAGAAUCUGCCUUCCAGCAGAUCCAUGAAGGAUCUGAGGUUGAUGAUGUUAUUCUUCCUAGUACCGUUCAAGACCAGUUGGCUCUAAGGGAAUUAUAGAACCGAGUCAGACUUGACAGUUGUGGAAGCUACAUCGAAGGAUGAUCUAGAUACUGCUAUGAACCAGGCUGUUGAAGAGAGCAUGGGGAGGCAGCCAAAGUCGCCAGAGUCGGAAGGUGGGUCUGGAGAAACCAAGAGUGCAGUUGAAACCGAAUCAUCAGGGUCUUUAGUUGAAGAAAGGUCUCUUGAUGAGGCACAAAUGAUCAUCUGAACAACACACCUGAGAAAGAAGAAAAGGAAGAGGAAGAUGCAACCACAUCCGAUGUAUGGUCUAUUGAAACUCGAUCACUGGAGGAAAUCCCAAAACCUUCUGAACCAAAAGAGGGGAUGGCAACGGAAGUAAUCGCUGAAAGAGUACAGAUUGCCGCUGAAGGGAUUGAGUCUAGUAAUGUAACACUAAGGGGAUGAAGUUGUCACUGAGGAACCAAAAGCUGAGACCUCAAGCAACUCUGAUGUGAUUGUAACGAGUCAUGAGUCUAAAGAGACUCCUGAAACUUCAGAACCAGAAAGAAAAACAGAGAAGGAGGAGAAGAAGGAGAAGAGUUCCAAAUCUUCAAGCUCAAGCUCUAGUUCGAGUGACUCAGAUUGAGAAAUGGAAGGGUAUACAUCUCAACUCAAGUAAAACAUAUGUUUGUUACGCGGUAAUGAUUGGCACUUCUGGGUUUUGUGUGUGUUUCAUCAAACUGUGUGCUCUGUUUUUAAAAAGGGCAAGAAGAAGCCGCUUAUCAUUUCUCCUUUUUGUUGGUUUUUGUGUGUCUGUGUUUUCCUCUUUUCUCUUGCUUUCAGCUUUCAUAUUUUUCAAAUUCAGAGAAAACAACAAAAAAAAAAAAGUAA